AUGGUCUUGAUCUUGCAAAUCUUCUCUACCUCCUUUUGCUCAAAUGUGUCUUCCUCUGUUUCUCCCACUUGUCAGUUACAGAAACAGUUUCUUGUUAAUGGGAUCCAUAAAACUGGAGAUGUGGUUCUAGGUGGACUGUUUGAAGUCCACUUCUUCUCUGUUUUACCUGAACUUUCUUUCACAUCAGAGCCACAGGAACCUAUCUGCCAUGGUUUUAAUGUUUUAGGAUUCAGGCAGUUCCAGACCAUGGCCUUCACUAUUGAUGAGAUCAACAGGAACUCAAACCUGCUACCUAAUGUGACUCUGGGUUAUAGUAUCUAUGAUAACUGUGUCACAGUUGGAGUUGGAUUUCGUGCUGCAUUGUCAAUGGCGAGUGGUCAAGGGGAUCAAUUCCUAUUCGACAAUAACUGUAUAGGGCCCCCUCCAGUGCUGGGGAUUGUGGGUGAUUCUUCCUCUACACAUUGUAUUGCCAUCUCUGCUGUCUUAGGUUUGUACAGAGUACCAAUGGUGAGUUACUUUGCCACAUGUUCCUGCCUGAGUGACCGGCAACAGUUUCCAUCCUUCUUUAGAACAAUCCCAAGUGAUGCCUUCCAGGUUCGUGCAAUGCUCCAGAUUCUGAAGCGGUUCGGCUGGACUUGGGUGGGCCUGCUGAUCAGUGAUGAUGACUACGGACUGCAUGCUGCCCGAUCCCUCCAGUCUGACCUGGCUCAGUCUGGUGGAGGUUGUCUGGCAUAUUUAGAGGUUUUGCCCUGGAGUAAUGACACAGCUGAACUUAGGAGGAUUGUCAAUGUGAUGAAGAAAUCCACAGCUCGUGUGGUCAUUGGAUUUACACAUGAGAGCCAAAUGAUUAAUGUGAUAGAAGAGGUGGUAAAGCAGAAUGUGACAGGUCUGCAGUGGAUAGCCAGUGAAGCCUGGACAGCAGCUACUGGGCUGCAGACACCCAACCUCAUGCCAUACCUGGGGGGCACUCUGGGUAUUGCCAUCCGUCGAGGAGAGAUACCAGAACUCAGGGACUUCCUGUUAAGAAUACGUCCUGACAGUGACCCUAACAACCACUAUAACAAUAACAUAGUGAGGCAGUUUUGGGAGUACACAUUUCAGUGUCGAUUCUCACCACCUCCAGCAGGGUGGUUGGAUACCGGGGGAGCACUGUGCACUGGACAGGAAGAUCUGGAGAAUGUGGCGACCACCUUUUUGGAUAUGUCAGACCUCAGGCCAGAGUACAAUGUGUACAAGGCCGUGUAUGCCCUGGCAUACGCCCUUGAUGACAUGUUGCAGUGUGUGCCAGGCAGAGGGCCUUUCAGUGGGCACAGCUGUGCCAGUUUACAGAAACUGCAGCCAUGGCAGCUUUUGUAUUACUUGGAAAAGAUCAACUUCACCACAGCAUUUGGUGAUCAAGUGUCAUUUGAUGUGAAUGGUGAUGCCUUACCAAUCUAUGAUGUGAUGAACUGGCGUUGGCUCCCUGAUGGGAGCACAAAGGUUCAGACUGUGGGUGUUGUUAAGAAGUCAGCCUCCACAGGUGAAGAGCUCACACUGGAUGAAGACAGGAUCUUCUGGAAUUUUGAUUCCAAACAGCCGCCCCGGUCAGUGUGCAGUGAGAACUGCCCAACAGGCACCCGCAUUGCCAGAAGGAAAGGAGAACCUGUGUGCUGUUUUGACUGCAUCCCUUGUUCUGAGGGAAAGUUCAGCAAUGAGACUGACUCUAUGCAGUGCAUCAGUUGUCCAGAGGACUUCUGGUCCAGCCCCCAGCGUGACCACUGCAUCCCCAAAAGAAUAGAGUUCCUCUCCUACCAUGAACCCUUGGGUAUCUGCUUGACAACCGCCUCAUUGCUUGGCACACUGAUCUGCACCAUUGUGCUGGGAGUCUUCAUCUAUCAUCGCACCACUCCCAUAGUGCGUGCCAACAACUCAGAACUCAGCUUCCUGCUCUUGCUGUCACUCAAACUAUGCUUCCUGUGCUCGCUGCUGUUCAUUGGCCGUCCCAGGCGAUGGACAUGCCAGCUGAGGCAUGCAGCGUUUGGGAUCAGCUUUGUGCUGUGUGUCUCAUGUAUCCUGGUGAAAACCAUGGUGGUGUUGGCUGUAUUCAAGGCUUCUAAACCUGGAGGUGGAGCCAGUCUCAAAUGGUUUGGUGCUGUGCAGCAAAGAGGGACAGUUUUGGUUCUUACUUCCAUUCAGGCAGCAAUCUGCACAGCCUGGCUUGUCUCUUCCUCACCAGCUCCUCAUAAAAACACACAAUACCACAGUGACAUACUAGUCUAUGAGUGUGCCAUAGGGUCCACGGUUGGUUUUGCAGUCUUACUGGGCUAUAUUGGUUUACUGGCUAUCCUCAGCUUCCUCCUAGCAUUCCUGGCAAGGAAGCUUCCCGACAACUUCAAUGAGGCCAAGCUCAUCACGUUCAGCAUGCUGAUCUUCUGUGCUGUGUGGGUUGCCUUUAUCCCUGCUUAUAUCAACUCCCCAGGAAAAUAUGCAGAUGCUGUGGAGGUAUUUGCCAUCCUGGCCUCCAGCUUUGGCCUCUUGGUGGCACUGUUUGGACAAAAGUGUUAUAUAAUCCUAUUGAAACCUGAGAGGAACACCAAGAAAGUUGUCAUGGGUCGAGGCAGCAGCAACAGCUCCAGUGUGACCAGAGCCAAGACCCUGUCCUCUCCCGGGUCCAGACCUGGGUCAGAGCAGGCCAACGACCAGUACAGGACCGACCCAACACUCACAUGCUCCCCUACAGCAGCACCAGGCGGAAGCCCCAAUGGAGCAUUUCCAAACCAGAGUGCUACCAUCUCCACUGAAUGUCUGGUCACCAAGAUGUUCUGCCUCUUUGAUGUGCCUGAGGAGCUACAGAGUGACCAGGGACGGACCUUAGAGGCUGGGGUAUUCAACGAGCUUUGCCAGUGUCUAGGCAUGAAGAAGUCCUGCACCCCAGCUGCAUGGUGGACUCCCAAACUACUGGGGAUGGACUUUGCUCCUGGGGUACACAUGUGGGUCUACAGCCCAGAGCAGAAGAAAGGCCUUUCCCCUAAACUGAUGAAUCUUGAAGUGAUCUUGUGCAUGGUCUUGGUCUUGCAAAUGUUUUCUUCCUGCUUUUGUUCAAAUGUGUCUUCCUCUGUUUCCUCCACCUGUCAGUUACAGAGACAGUUUCAUGUUAAUGGGAUCCACAAAACUGGAGAUGUGGUUCUUGGUGGACUGUUUGUGUUCCACUUAUUCUCUGUUUUACCUGAGUUUUCUUACACAACGGAGCCACACGAGCCCAUCUGCCAUGGUUUUAAUGUUUUAGGAUUCAGGCAUGCCCAGACCAUGGCCUUUGCAAUUGAUGAGAUCAACAGGAACUCAAACCUGCUACCUAAUGUGACUCUGGGAUACAGUAUGUAUGAUAAUUGUGUCGCAGUUGGAGUUGGAUUUCGUGGUGCUUUGUUAAUGGCAAGUGGUCAAGGGGAUCAUUUCCUGUUGGACAAUAACUGUAGAGGGCCCCCUCCUGUGCUGGGGAUUGUGGGUGAUUCUUCCUCUACACAUUGUAUUGCCAUCUCUUCUGUCUUAGGUUUGUACAGAGUACCAAUGGUGAGUUACUUUGCCACAUGUUCCUGCCUGAGUGACCAGGAACGGUUUCCAUCCUUCUUUAGAACAAUCCCAAGUGAUGCCUUCCAGGUUCGUGCAAUGCUCCAGAUUCUGAAUCGGUUCGGCUGGACUUGGGUGGGCCUGCUGAUCAGUGAUGAUGACUACGGACUGCAUGCUGCCCGAUCCCUCCAGUCUGACCUGGCUCAGUCUGGUGGAGGUUGUCUGGCAUAUUUAGAAGUUUUGCCUUGGAGUAAUGACCCAGCUGAACUUAGGAGGAUUGUCAAUGUGAUGAAGAAAUCCACAGCUCGUGUUGUCAUUGGAUUUGCACAUGAGAGCCUCAUGAUUCACAUUUUAGAAGAGGUGGUAAAGCAGAAUGUGACAGGUCUGCAGUGGAUAGCCAGUGAAGCCUGGACAGCAGCUACUGGGCUGCAGACACCCGACCUCAUGCCAUACCUGGGGGGCACUCUGGGUAUUGCCAUCCGUCGAGGAGAGAUACCAGGACUCAGGGACUUCCUGUUAAGAAUACGUCCUGACAGUGACCCUUACAACAACUAUAACAAUAACAUAGUGAGGCAGUUUUGGGAGUACACAUUUCAGUGUCGAUUCUCACCACCACCAGCAGGCUGGUUGGAUACUGGGAGAGCUCUGUGCACUGGACAGGAAGAUCUGGAGAAUGUGGCGACCACCUUUUUGGAUAUGUCAGACCUCAGGCCAGAGUACAAUGUGUACAAGGCCGUGUAUGCCCUGGCAUAUGCCCUUGAUGACAUGUUGCAGUGUGUGCCAGGCAGAGGGCCUUUCAGAGGGCACAGCUGUGCCAGUUUACAGAAACUGCAGCCAUGGCAGCUUUUGUAUUACUUGGAAAGGAUCAACUUCACCACAGCAUUUGGUGAUCAAGUGUCAUUUGAUGUGAAUGGUGAUGCCUUACCAAUCUAUGAUGUGAUGAACUGGCACUGGCUCUCUGAUGGGAGUACAAAGGUUCAGACUGUGGGUGUUGUUAAGAAGUCAGCCUCCACAGGUGAAGAGCUCACAAUGGAUGAAGACAGGAUCUUCUGGAAUUUUGAUUCCAAACAGCCGCCCCGGUCAGUGUGCAGUGAGAGCUGCCCACCAGGCACCCGUGUUGCCAGAAGGAAAGGAGAACCGUUGUGCUGUUUUGACUGUAUCCCUUGUUCUGAGGGAAAAAUCAGCAAUGAGACUGACUCCAUGGAGUGCAUCAGUUGUGCAGAGAACUUCUGGUCCAGCCCCCAGCGUGACCACUGCAUCCCUAAAAGAAUAGAGUUCCUCUCCUACCAUGAACCCUUGGGUAUCUGCUUGACAACCGCCUCAUUACUAGGCACCCUGAUCUGCACCAUUGUGCUGGGAGUCUUCAUCUAUCAUCGCAGCACUCCCAUAGUGCGUGCCAACAACUCAGAACUGAGCUUCCAGCUCUUGCUGUCACUCAAAUUAUGCUUCCUAUGUUCGCUGCUGUUCAUUGGCCAUCCCAGGCUAUGGACAUGCCAGCUGAGGCAUGCAGCAUUUGGGAUAAGCUUUGUGCUGUGUGUCUCAUGUAUCCUGGUGAAAACCAUGGUGGUGUUGGCUGUAUUCAAGGCCUCUAAACCUGGAGGUGGAGCUAGUCUCAAAUGGUUUGGUGCUGUGCAGCAAAGAGGGACAGUUUUGGUUCUUACUUCCAUUCAGGCAGCAAUCUGCACAGCCUGGCUUGUCUCUUCCUCACCAGCUCCUCAUAAAAACACACAAUACCAUAGUGACAAGAUAGUCUAUGAGUGUGUCAUAGGGUCCACGGUUGGUUUUGCAGUCUUACUGGGCUAUAUUGGCUUCCUGGCUAUCCUCAGCCUCCUCCUUGCAUUCUUUGCAAGAAAGCUUCCCGACAAUUUCAAUGAGGCCAAGCUCAUCACAUUCAGCAUGCUGAUCUUCUGUGCUGUGUGGGUUGCCUUUAUCCCUGCUUAUAUCAACUCCCCAGGAAAAUAUGCAGAUGCUGUGGAGGUAUUUGCCAUCCUGGCCUCCAGCUUUGGCCUCUUGGUGGCACUGUUUGGACAAAAGUGUUAUAUAAUCCUAUUGAGACCUGAGAGGAACACCAAGAAAGCUGUCAUGGGUCGAGGCAGCAACAAGUACAACACUUAG